AUGAAUUCUCCGCGCGCCGACGAUGUUGUGUAUAUCUCCCCAGUGAAGGAAGUCAAUGCUGGGCUGUGGACGCUUUUUACCGGUGCGACGGUAUUUCUUGGCUUGAGACUUUAUUGCAAGCUCUCGAGGAGGACGGGAUUGUGGUACGAUGAUUAUGUGUUGAUCCUGUCGUGGUUGGUGCUGUUAGCCAACGACAUAAUUAUCGAUAUUGAAUGGUCGACAGGCUAUGUGAAAGGCGACUGGGACGACCGCAUGCACAUCCUCAUCAAUAUUUCAUCAUGUGGAACCUUAAUCGGACAAGCCUUGUCCAAAACGGCCCUCGGCAUCACACUCCUCCGAAUGUCGAACAAAAAGCAAUCGGCCAUCCUAUGGUACUGCAUCAUAUCCAUGAAUGUUUACAUGAUCAUAAAAUGCUUCUUCCAGUGGGCGAAAUUCUGCGGCAAGAACGACUAUCAGAAUUGGUACAACAUCCAAGGCCCCUGUCUCAACUAUGAUAUCGUGCAGGAUUUCGAAGUCGGUGGGAACACUUACAAUAUUGUCAUGGAUUUUGUAUUUGCGGCUUUCCCUUGGUGGAUUACAUGGUCCUUGGAGAUGAGGAAGGUCGAGAAGAUCGCGCUGUGUCUGACCAUGAGUUUGGGAAUGUUUGUCGCAAUCAUGUCUGCUGUAAGGACAUGGUGGAAAGACCGUCCAAUCAUGCAUGUACACGACGAGUACUACAUAUGGCGAAAUGGCAUGUCCAAUAUCUGGUACUCUGCAGAAGUAGCAGGCACCAUAAUAGUGCAAUGCAUUCCCAUCCUCCGACCAUUCCUCCGCGACAUCAAAACCUCCAUGUCCUCCAAACGCGACCAAAUCAACAGCGUUGCGCGCCAAAGCCGCGUCAUCAGCACCCCCAACGCGGAAUUCAAGUCCAAACACCACUUCGACCUAGAAGACCAAGAUUCAAAAUACAAAACCAGCUUUCAAACGGCCUCGGACAAACACACCACCGAAGUCUUUGCGCUAGAUAUCAUUCCUGAGGAGCCAGGAGAGAGGCGGAGAGGGAGUCUCAAUUCACAGAGUCCGAGUGAGACUGGACGGUUAACGCCUAUGCUUCCUUCGGGCCCGUUGUUCGCGGAUCAGAGUUGGAGGUUUUCUGUGAUGACAGGAAGUGAUAGGACGGAAAUGCUGAGUCCGUUGCCGAAUACUUCUUGGAUUGAUUUAGAGCAGCAGAAAGGGCUGUCACCUGCGCCGCCUAGGCCUACGCCGCCUUGA